CCUUUCAAGUUUCUGUUGGGCAGGCUAUAUUUUUACGUUGUAGUGUCAUAAAUUUCCCACUUUUAAGUUUAUAAUUUCAAAUUUCCCUAUAGUUUUACGAGACUAUAACGUAAAAAUAUGUUUUUAGAAGCCAAUUUUACCCUUCCUGUUAAAUAACCAACAAAAGAUUGAUUCCUUUUCAUAUAAUUAUCUUAUCUCUCUUCCCCCCCCCCAUUAGAUCCCCAGACAUGUAAAAAACCACGCUUAAAAUCCCAAUUAACCAUGAGUUCUACCAAAUUCAGAACGUACGGGAUUUUGAUUGUAAGGGACAACACUGAAACUUCUGAACACUAGAAGAGUGGGAUUUGUAGAUUUUAAAUAUACAAGGGUGGAAAUGGAAAAUUGGUGACUUUAUAAGGACUAAGAUGAAAUUCACGCCUCCUUACCAUUAAAUAUGAACCACGACAAGCAUCCUUGGCUCCCUCGAGUCUCAAAGUUCCUACACUCAAGCGACCGUUACUCGGGCUUAGCGUCAGAUUUCAGCACUGUCUUCCUCAAAUUUAUCUCUGCUAAAACCUCCCACGCAUCCCACUUCUCCUCGUCAUCCUCCUUAAAAGGGCAGGAAGACCACUGACAAUACAGAAAUUGAGUGAGAGUGAAAAUGAGGAUAGUGGGAUUGACAGGUGGAAUCUCAUCGGGAAAGAGUACUGUCUCUAAUCUUUUCAAGUCCCAUGGCAUUCCUGUCGUUGAUGCUGAUAUUGUUGCUCGGGAUGUACUGAGGAAAGGCACCGGUGGAUAUAAGGGGGUGGUUGCAGCAUUUGGAGAGGACAUACUGCAAGCUAAUGGGGAAGUUGAUAGGCCAAAGCUGGGCCAGAUUGUGUUUUCUGACCCCGGGAAGCGUCAGCUUCUCAAUCGGCUUUUGGCUCCUUAUAUAUCCUCUGGCAUCUUUUGGGAAAUUUUGAGUUUAUGGUUGAAGGGUUAUAAGGUAAUUGUCUUAGACAUCCCUUUGCUGUUCGAAGCCAAGAUGGAUAAGUGGACAAAACCCAUUACUGUUGUAUGGGUUGACACUGAAACACAGCUUCAGCGACUCAUGGCAAGAGACAGAAUCAACGAGGAAGAUGCCAGGAAUAGAAUAAACGCGCAGAUGUCCCUGGAUUUGAAAAGGUCACAGGCUAAUAUUGUCAUUGACAACUCUGGCUCCUUGGAGGACCUGGAGGAACAGUUUCAGAAGGUAUUGGUCCAGGUUACCAGGCCUUUGACGUGGACUGAAUUCUGGCUUUCAAGACAGGGAGCCUUCUCGGCUCUUGUGUUCACUGUUAUUGGAGUAGUUGCUGGAAAAAAUGUUCUUAGCAAAUUAUAGCUGAAAAUCUAAACUCCCGUUGCUUAACAGCGCCCCUUGUAUUUUAUUUAUGAAAAAAAAAAGAUAUGGUAGUAUUCGGUAACAAUUUCCA